UUUUUUUUUUUUUUUUUAGUUGAUUGUUUUUCUUAAUUCAAGAAUAACUCAAUUUUUUUAAAAAAUAAUAUUUUUAUUUGUUAUAUUUUUAUUAUUAUUGAAAAUUUAGUUUGUUAUUUAUAACUUUGACUCUUAUUUUGUAUAAUAUAAUGUGAACUACUAAAAUUUAAUUUUAUUUUUUAUUUAUUUAAUUUUAUGCAAAAAAAAAUGAUUUUUGCUAUUUAUACCUAAUCCAAUAUGUUCAAUCCAUCUCAUUUAACUUUACUCACCUCGUCCUUCCCAGAGACAUAGUAUAGGGUAGAUACAGACAAUGGCCAUUGCAACCAAUAUCUGAUUCAUUGCUAUCCCUACAUUUAUAUUCUUCUUCAUUAGUAUAAAAAUAUUACUAUGUAUGCUUACACAAAUAAACCUCUCUACAUUGAUAUAUAUUUUUCAAAUGAAAAAGCACACUAGAUCUAGUCCAGUAAAGACUAAACUUGCUUAAAAUGAAAUGACACUGAUGCCAGUCUAGAACAUGCAUGCUAGCCAAUUUAGGGCAAUCCAAGACCUCAUCUUAAACACGCCAACUAUAUGACUACCAAUUGAGAUUCCUGGCUCAAACUAAUGUAGGAUUAAACACAAGCUCACGCAGGUCCUCCCAUAUUUUACGAUCUUAUGCUUCUGUGUUUUCUAACAACAUGGAUCGUCAAGUAGAUUGGUUUCAAUAUUAACUCAAAAGGUGAUUGAUUGGUGUCCAUACUGUUUAUAUAUCCAAAACCUCGUCACAUGUUCACAAUUGUCUCAAUCACAUGUUCACAAUUGUCUCAAUUGGAGUCCCCGUAUAUCAGACACUGUGAUUAGGCCCAAAUCCUCUCCUCAUUCAGAUUUGUACACAAGAUUUCGUCAAGUUCUUAGGAAAAAAAAAAAAGUAACUAUAUUUAUCCCAAUUGAAGUCGCCGUCCAAACCCCUGGUGGCGUCGCUGUAGCAAUUGAAAAAGCCAGGAAUUUGGUAGAUAAAGAAAGAAAGAUGGCGAGAGCGGCGUUGGCAGCCGAACCCGCCAUCAAGGUGGCGGCCAUCAGCGGCUCCCUCCGCAAAGCUUCGCGCACCCGUGGCCUCAUCCGCUGCGCCAUGGAGCUCUGCAACGAGUCCAUCCCUGGGCUGCAAAUAGAACACGUCGACAUCGAGCCUCUUCCCUUUCUCAACACCGACCUCGAGAUUGCCGGCAAGUAUCCUCCUCCCGUCGAGGCCUUCCGCCGCAAGAUCCUCGAAGCCGACAGCAUCUUCUUUGCUUCCCCGGAGUACAAUUACUCCCUCUCAGCUCCUCUAAAGAAUGCUAUCGACUGGGCCUCUAGACCUCCAAAUGUUUGGGCAGACAAGCCAGCAGCUAUAGUUAGCGUAUCUAGUGAUUCUGGGGGAAAACAAUCACAGUACCAUCUGCGUCAGAUCGGUGUCUUUCUUGAUCUUCAUUUCAUCAAUAAGCCGGAAUUGUUCAUUGUAGUGCAGCAGCCUCCAAAGAAGUUUGAUAGUGAUGGGAAUGUGAUAGAUCCUCAAACCAAGGAACAGCUAAAACAAGUCCUUUUAUCAUUACAGGCUUUUACACACAGACUCCGCCAUGAUUGCUAAAUUAUACUUGGUUGGGCAUCUCUUUUUCGGCUUCUUGCUACCAAUAUUCUAGUUACAACUAUUAAGUAUCACUGAGGAAACAAAUCAUUACAUAUUUGUAAUGUAUUUGGGUGCCAAAUAGUAUUGUGUUCAUUCAACUGUCUGGGUGGAUACUUGAGAUUUCCUUUCUAUAAGACUAGAAACCUUUCUUUUUCUUUUUCUUCCUACAAACAUCUGAACGUUGCUGCCUGUUUGAAUUUUAAUAUUACUAUUUUUUUCCUCCUUUCUUUUGA